AUGUCUGGCGAGGCUAACAAGCCUGCCAUCUUGAUUGUGGGAGGGCUUGGCUUCCUCGGCCGCUUUCUUGCCCUUCACAUUCACGAAAAUAACCUCGCUUCAGAGGUGCGCAUCGUUGAUAAGCUGCUACCUCAAUUAGCAUGGUUGACUCCUGAGUUCAGCGCUGCCUGCUCUCAGGACAAGUUUGUCCAAGCUGACGCAAGCCGUGAACAAUCAUUUCCCCGAAUUUUCGACCGCGCAAACGGUGCGCAGUUUGACUACGUUAUCAACUGUGGCGGAGAGUCUCGCAUGUCCCAACCAGAUGACGUAUACCGUCUUCGAAGUCAUGCCCUCUCCGUUGCGCUAGGGAAGGAAGCCGCCCGUCGAGGAAUUGGUGCAUUUAUCGAAUGUUCCACGGCCACCGUGUACAAGAGUGAACGCGAACCAGCCAAGGAGGAUUCCAAGAUCAAGCCUUGGUUCGCCUUCUCGAAAUGGAAGCACCAAGCGGAGGAAGACUUGCGAAAGAUCCCUGGCUUGAAUCUUUGCAUUCUUAGAUUCCCCCAUAUCUACGGGGAGUACGAUACUGGUCUACUGAGCACUGUCAUUUGCAUGGGCAGGGCCUACAUGGAGCUGGGAAAACCCAUCCCCUUCCUAAAAACCGGAAGCCAACCCAUGAACACUGUAUAUGUCAAAGAUGCAGCUCGCGCAAUGUGGAGAGCGGCGGAAUGGCGCGCGAGCAAGGGGCCCGUUGCCAGUGAUGAUCCCAUCGUUUUCAAUAUUGUAGACCACAACAAAACCACAAAACAGGACCUGGCCCAAGGCCUAAAGCGGGCCUUUGGUGUCGAGUACAACUUCGUCGGCACCAUGCUAACGCAAGUCGUGAACCUCAACCUGGAUGAGAUUAUCGAUGAAAUGAACGAGGAGGGACUGCAGGUAUGGGCUGAGCUUCUGAAUGAGAAACAAAUCGACAGACCUGGACCUAUAAGUCCGUUCCUGGAACGUGAUUCUAUUAAGGAUGGUGACCUCUUGAUUGACGGAUCGCUGUUCGAGCAGACGACCGGCUUCACGUAUGAAAGACCGACGCUUGACGAAGAUUGGAUCCAGCCUGUUGUCGAAAGCUUCAAACGACUCGGGUGGUGGCCUUGA